GCAGCACACACACACAUUCAACUGAAUUUUGUUUCGUUCAGUCAUCAUGGAGGUCGGGACUUCCCCUUGCAUUUUUCAUUGAUGAUCACCAACAAUGUCGUCUAAGCAGUCUAGCCUCGCUGCGUCCGACCAGUUCACCAUCUCCCGAGCCUCGUUGCCGAGCCUCCUUGAGUGGACAGAACGUCUUCAAGAACGAUUCAAGGUUAAGAUCGAUAUUCAGUGGGAGUUAGAGGGGAUCGUCCAGCAAGAUGCCCCUCAAGUGCGAUGGGUCUACCUUUUCAGCAAUAACUUGGAGGACUGUCAUGCAGCAAAGACUUACAUCAUCACGCUCUGUGAUCCGCUGCAUAAGCUUAAUGUCACUUACCCAGAGGACAUUCACGAUACCCUAAAAUCCUCACAAGGUAAGCUUGAAGUUAAGUAUUCGGUCGUGAUUCAAUUCACUAAGACUGGCCAGCUGAUAAUCAAGAGCCAAGACCAGAUGAAUAUGAUGUUAGUUCUGUCUUACAUUGAAAGCUGUGCAUCAGAGUUGGAGAGGACAUCCUUUCUGGAGACCCCAAGGAGGUCGCCGAGAACAUCCUCGGCUGCUUCAAGAAGACGAGAGAUCAAAGAGCAGCUCCCAUAUGUGGAAGAUUUAGAGACAGAUAGCAUUGUAACAACAGCAGAUGAAGCGGAGGAAGCGCCCUCUGCUGCUGAUAGAUCAACACUGAUAGAUUCAAAACAUCAGUUGAAGAGAAGGCCACGCUGUGAAAAAACAAACAAUACGUUGCUUGCUCCUCAAGAUUUUGUGUUCUCCUCUAGUGCGAUAUCUCCAGAUAGAAAGAUGAUAAAAUCAUCGCAACUUGGUGACCUCAGUCCAAAAUCAAUUUCCUCGGAUAAUUUGUGUACAUUUUACGAUUUAAACGCACGACAAAAACAAGUCGUCCAGAGAAUACUGCAGAGGGGGGAAUAUACAAAAGCACAGGUGGAAAGAACGUUGGAGCGGAAACAAAACGACUGGAAGUGCUCUGAUUUCCCGGAGCUCAUUCGCGCUGAGAGAGACAGGAGAAAGGUGCCACAGACCUCCUCCAGGAAUGACCCCUCGGGGGAUCGCCUGGUCGAUUUGAAAGAAACACAAGGAUCUCUAAUGCAGAGCCUCGAGUCGCCACCUCAUUCUCCUCAGUGUUCCAAGACGGCAGCGUUCUUACCCAAAAGAUUCUCAUCUCCUCUUACUACGGGACCUCUCGAAGACUUUAUCAGUGGCUCUGAUAUCAGUGAAAGCUUCAUCACAAUCAGUGACAGCGAUGGUACUGUCGUUGAGAGCGAUGACCCCAUCACCAUCCUGAGUCAUAACGAGUCUGAAUACAUCGUAGUUAACUCCUCCGAGGAAUCUGAUACACCGGAGACAUUCUACGUUCCAACGCCUCCUUCAAGACGCAAGUCGUCGUCUGGCGAGAAAGAGCUGCAUGGGGUUGUCGAGGGUUUACGUCAACAGCUUAAGGAGCUACAGGAUAAGCUGGAGAAGGACAAGCAGGAGCAGCAACAGCAGUUUCAAGAGAAGUUGCUGGAACAGGAAAUAAAAAUAAAGGCAGAGCAGGGUGUUCAGAUCCAGAAGCAGAUUCAAGAACAGCAACAGCUCAAGAAGAAAGAAACGACUCCGAAGGCACCUCUUAAUCAGAGUCUGACUGAGGAUCUUGUGAUCGCACCGGCAAAGCGGAACAAAGACAGUCCACUUAGACCUGUUGUUAUUGAUGGUAGCAAUGUAGCUAUGAGUCAUGGGAGGGGUAGAAUCUUCUCUUGUCGUGGAAUCGCAAUCUGCGUCCAUUACUUCCAGCAACUCGGUCAUCAAGACAUCAUGGUCUUUGUGCCUUUAGGGCGACGGACUCAACACCCAGAUAGCCGAGACAGACCGAUACGGGAUCAACCUAUUCUGGAUCAACUGAAGAAGCAAGGGCUACUUUCGUACACGCCGUCACGGAGGAUUGGACACUCCUACGUCAAUUGUUAUGAUGACAAAUUUAUCGUUGAGCUUGCAGUUGAAAAUGGCGGCGUGAUUGUCUCCAACGACAACUACAGGGACCUGAUGAGGGAGUCAUCACGAUGGAAGUCUGUCAUCGAAAAUAGGUUGGUCAUGUUUACUUUUGCUGGCGAUCGUUUCAUGAUUCCUGAUGACCCUCUUGGUCGAAAUGGUCCGCAUAUACGUGAACUCUUAAGAAAGACCCCCAAGUCAAAAGCGACAACUUCAAGGACCCAACGAGUCACCCAGGUAGCACCUGCUAUGCAGCAACUCAGACCUGCUACACGUGCUGUUGCACCAGCCACUGCAUCAAGUCACAACAACAAACAGCUUGCUCAACGUGCUGCCCCUCAUUGGAGGGCAAGAUCAACAGCACCAGCAGGCAACUUAUUACCACAAGGCCCUGCCGUGGUGCACCCCGUCAAAGUAUCACCUCAAAAACCUCAAAAAAGUACACCUAAAAAGUUACUCGAGCCGACAGUCGUCACUGACGCACCAUUCGACCCAAAACUCUCGCCAUUUUUUAAGACGCUGCAACCUGUUUUUCCGGAUAACGAGGCAGAAGUUUUAAAAGUUCUGACAGGUUUUAGGGACGUGACAGAACUGAAUGAUCUGUCGCUGUUGGUUCUGGCGGAGAUAAGAGAUGGUUCAGCGCAGACUUAGGGCCAAUCCGAAUUGACGUCUACGGCUACGGCUACGGCUACAACUGUUGCUAUUGGGUGUGGCUCGGGAUGUCCUAUACUUCAACGCACGAUAUCGCGAAAAUCUAACUGUAGCCCUACACAUGUAGCUCUAGCCGCCGAUUCGGAUGAGGCCAUUUUUUCCACUAGCGCAAGUUUCGGAUCAUGACGACACAGCCUCUUUAAAAACCUUCCAUGGAUGACUUAUUUUGUCGUCUAGUUACUGAGUCACAAUAGAGCGAUCCAUUAGGCUUUGCCCACGGCACAGGAAGACCACGUGCACCUCUCCAAUGCCAUUCUGCACAACUCUGCCAAGCUCCCCAAGCAAACGAGCAUGCAUGUCGGCCAUUAAUUUGUCAGACUUUUGGCUGCGAUAUGGGUUGUGAUCGGUCAAUACGUAAUGGGGCAGGGCUUAAUGAAUCGGUCUAUUUCUUGAUUUGUGUAAUUCAUAAUCAUAGACGUUAAACCAAAGUUUGUAUAAGAGAGAUUGGAUGUUGCCGUCUUGGGGUUUAUAUCCCUUUGUGGGAGUUUUCAGAGUUGUCUCGAUAUUUCAAACAAACUUUCAAAAUGCUUUAUGUCAGGCAUGAUAUUCUUCCUACUUUUGACUAAUUUCCGUUUUUUUGUUUUGUUGUUGGAAAAAAAACAGAAAAAUUGUGAUUAAAUUGCCGAAAUAAAAGUCACCUGAAGCUUCACUACGUGUAGGUAAACACACAGGUUGCUCGUUUUGCUCUAAAAAUAACAAGUGACUCACUGUCUUCCAUGGACCUGGAUUAACCAUGCCUGAUAUGUACCAGUAAGCAGAUAAUUCUGCUAACCAACUUCUAGUCAAAUUCUUGUACAAGAUUUAAUAUGCAAUGAUGCGUUUCCCAUUCCUCUCAUAGUGUUUACUUGGCACAGAAAUUUAUUUUUGGAUUUAAAUUGUUUGUAAAAAAGUACUAUCAUUUCAAUUUACAUUUCAUUUAAAUUGGUAAACUAUCAAGUUUUGCCAAGUGGAGUUUUUUCUUCUACUUUCCCUUUUUUAAAAUUCACUUUAAAUAUUGUUGGUGCUAAAUUAAUAUGAAGUUGAAAUUGUACAACUUAUUCGCAAUUUAUGUUUCCAGGUUUGGGAUAAGAAGUUUUAAAUUUUAUCUGAAUCUUGAGAGUUUAAACUUAAAGUUGAAAUUAUUUAAAGAUUUAUUCAGUCAAUUUCCUUUGUGAUUUAAAAUUACUUGACAAACAUAUUAGUCUUACUUUUCUGAUUUAAAGGCAGCUGACCGCAUACUUAUGUUAUACUUAAAGGAACACGUUGCCUUGGAUUCGACAAGUGGGUCUUUGAAAAGUGUUUGA